CUUUGGUCAUACUAGUAGCUGUUCUCACCGCAGUUAACGUUGACGGACUCGUAGAAUUUCGACGAGAAGUCGGGUCACUCUUAGCAGUUGGCCAUAAUUCUCAUAUCUAUACUAUCACCUGUAGCCUGACCUUUCCGAUCAACAGGAACCUUUUUGGCUGUCAUUUAACAGAUCGUUCGUCUGUGACGGACCCCAUCGGUACAAUGCCUGACUAUGUGUAUGCACUUCACGACUUUCAACCCGAAAACGAGGACGAAAUCACCUUCCGUGCUGGUGAGCCCAUCGAGGUCAUAGAGAAAGAUGAUCAAUACAGCGAUGGCUGGUGGCAGGGACGCAAUCUGGCAGGUAAAAUUGGCCUGUUUCCCCAAAGCUACACUACACCGGCGACCCCUGCACCUCGUCCGGAUUCACCACCACAAUCCAUCGCUAGCCCUUCCGUAACCCCGCCUCCUGACACAAUACAGCCACUUGACGAAGAGGCAGCUUCAUUCACCGGCAGUGACUCCGAAUCCAAUAUUGGUGUCGCCCUUGGCGAACCGCCUUCGGGACAACAAGAGGAAGAAGUCAUGAAGGCCACCAUGACGGACGUCCAGAAGGCCAUCGAGCAACUUGGCCGAGACGAUCGAGACGGAGCUCGCAGCUUCAGUUUCGCCAGCACUCACCACGGAGACACCGACCGCGACACUGAUACAGAAACAGACGGAGGCGCUAGCUUGCAGGAGGACGGAGAUGACUGGCACCGUAGCGCCCGAGACAAACUUGCAGAACAGGCGCGUAAGGUCGUGGAAGCAAAAGCUGCUACAGAUGUGGAGAUACGCUCUCUGGCUCCUCCGAUAGAAGUCGAAAUGAGUGAUGAAAGUGAAACGGAAGAAGUGGACGACACAUUUUUGAAUAUACAGUUCGCACGUGAUCAUCCCCAUAUCCCCGAGGAAGAUGAGGAAGAUGCUGAUAACGAUGGCGCGGGAACCCAGAAUCAUAGGAGGAAGAACUCGAGCAUCCAUUCAUCUCUGACACUUCCCCCGGGAGAUUUACCAUCCCUUGUACCCGGUGAUGGGGAACAAACAGCCAAAGUUGAUAAGAUGACCUUUUCUGUUACCUCACUCUCUCCCGCUGGUUCUCCUGCGUCUACUGGUCAUGAACGCAGUGCAUCUCAAUCUCGGUCCGCUCCCGUAUCUCCUAUGCUCAACAUAUUCGCACCUGUUCCUGUUGUUCCGGUCGAACUUUCCUCCAUACAAUUACCUGCUUCUCCUGAACCCACCGCCCACGCUACUCUCACGCCUGCGAUUCGCGAGAUUCGCCAAGUUCCUGACGCUGUUUCCGCCCCCACCCCACGUUCCUCCACCCCACGUGUAGUCAGCACAUCACCAAUGUCCAAGCACAACAGUGUUGCAUCCAGCGGACAAGCUUCAACCACUUCCAUGCCGCUGACAUUAUCGGAACCCACCCGGGACAGUAGUAGUCCAACGAAGUCUGUUCCACCAUCGGAGUGGAGCGUCGAAGACGUUAUUGACUGGCUGAAGUCCAAGGGCUUUGGUCAGGACGUCUGCGAUAAGUUCACAGAACAAGAGAUUACCGGCGAUGUCCUGCUCGAACUCGACCUUAACCUCCUAAAGGCCGAAAUCGGCAUCGUCGCAUUUGGAAAGCGUAUGCGCAUUGCCAACGCUAUCGCAGAACUACGACGUCCUCCAUCGAUCAUCUUCCCUGACGCCCAGUCGCCCCAACAUGCCCAGUCCUUAAAGCACUCUCAUUCUUACUCCUACUCGCAUUCGCGUUCUGGCUCGACGCAUCAGUCGCUGAACAGCCCCAUGUUCGCGACCACCAUGAGUUCAGCUAUCACUGCGCCGAACUCAGCGACGUUUGGUUCGAUGCUCAGCGGCGAUAGUCCAGCUGCAGAUACGAGCCACUUCAUAGAAAGAGUGUCUAGUCUGUCGAGCGCUGGUUUCAGUAUCAACGGAGGCUCGACAGAAAAUAAUGUGGGACUUGGCCUUGGGGUCCCGGCGAAUGGUAACGAACACAAACGUACUGGGUCAGGUCACCUUGUACCUUCGCCUAGUGAUGGUGCUCUGAACAAACGUUCUCAAGACGAUGUGCGCCAGCUCGUAGAGUCGCCGGACGAUGAUCGCGGCGCACUGAGCGAGGGAGAAAAUGGAAGCUCUGCGGCCAAGCAACGGCGGCGCCUCUUUGGUCGCUCCAUGGAGUCAUCAUCUACCGCGAAGGAGAAGGGCGAGACUUCUUCCAACAAUAAUUCUACCACUGCGCUACCGACUCCUUCGUCCUUAGCGGUGUCGUCACCCAGAUCACGGAAGCGGGACCUGGUGGACGACUCUAGCAUUACGAGCAAGCAUAAUCGGAACAAACGGGACAGUGCGACGAAAGGAACGGAGAGGCAUAGUUUGUUCGGAGGCACCUUUACUACUUCCCUAGGGAAGUCCAGGAAGCCUCCGCCGAGGAUUACCGCGUCAUUGAUGGAUAACGACAGCCCAAUGGAGAAAACUUCGAGUCUCAAUCUGGCCCGGUUGUACGGCAGCAAGAAGUCCUCAGGUCGCCCAUCAACGUCAGACGGAUCGGCUUCCAGUACUCUUCUCAAUCCCUCGCACAGCGACUCCCUUGACGAAACGAGGAAGUUGAGGGAAAAGUCAUCUGAGAAAUUGAGAGACGCGGACAGGCCAAACACUCAAAGAGAAAGAAUCAUCAGCGGAAGAAAGAGUAUCAUUGACCAGAUCGGCACUCCUGAUCACCAAGGAUGGAUGCGCAAGAAAGGUGAUCACUACAAUACCUGGAAGGUGCGGUACUUCGUUAUCAAGGGUCCGCAUCUGUACAUCUUGCGGAGCGACAAUCAAUCGGAGGUGAAAAUUAAGGGCUACAUCAAUAUUGUCGGAUACAAGGUCAUCGCGGAUGAGAAUGUCGAUCCAGGACGUUAUGGCUUCAGAAUAGUACACGAUACGGAUAAGACACAUUUUUUCAGCUCUGACGAGCAAAUCGUGGUACGUGAGUGGAUGAAAGCCAUCAUGAAGGCCACCAUUGGCAGAGACUAUUCGAAACCUGUUGUUUCUUCUGUCAACAUUCCCACCAUCCCUCUAACAGUCGCCCAAGCGAUGAACCCUGCCCCUCGACCGCCGUCUCCUUCCGCUCGUGAUGCUACACAAAAGGCUUUGCGCCGCGAGAAUCCAAAUCAAUUGUCUUCUCGUGAUGCUCGAGUCCUGAUGGGUAUACUAUCGCCAGAUGCCAGCGAUGCACAAGAUAGCGAACGGACGCGUCUCGAUUCGUUUUUUACUCAGCAACCCGUCUCAGGCCAGUCCGACGACGAGUCCAAAGCAGCAUCUAUGACGAACGAAGCUCCUCCCCGCCCCACCAGAGAGGCACGUCGACAGGGGUCUCCGGCAACUACUGUGCAGCUGGACCCAUCUGACGCGGGUCUGAUUGAAUGGGCUAAUUCACACUUACCAGCGGCGUUGCAAAAUUUCGAUCCCACUGGACGUCUUUAUAGCGGUCUUGCGCUUCUUCGCCUCGCGGAAACAGUUGUAGGGAAAUCACCGUCACCACCCGUGCCAGAUUCAGCAUUCCCGUCUGGCCCCAAAGAUGACAAGUUGGAUGGGCUAUUCCGCCUAUUUGACUUCCUCCUCGACAACGACGUAAAAAUGGGUAGCGUGAGCAUCAACGACGUCCGACAAGGGAAACGCGAUAAGAUAUUACAGCUUCUCAAAGCACUCAAGGCAUGGGAGGACAGGCGGAUAGAAAUAUUGAGAUCUAUUGGUGCGGGAACAGUCCAGGCUGGUUCAUUCAUGACCCCCGAUAUAAACACAUGGAAGAAGUGA